CGGCACCGCCUCCCCGCUCUCCUAUUGGCUGAGGCGGCGCAGCCCGGGCUCGCGCGCCGCCAGUGCCGCGGGCCGCCAUCUUAGCCCGGGCUCCGGGUUGCGCCCCCCGCAGGACCCCGGCACCCGUCCCGGCACCAUGAGCGCUCCCGCCGCCUGCCCCGGCCUCCAGCCCCUGCUGGAGACCCUGGAAGACACAGCCGCCCCGUCGGGGGAGCUCACGGACGCGUACCUCACCAUCGUCAAUCGCUUGACUGGUGAGGAAGGCAAAGAAUUCACUGCAGAUGUCAAAAGACACUUUCCUCAGCUUUGCAAAGUAUUUAAGGCACACAUUUCAAGUCAAAACUCAGAGCUAAGUAAUGCGGCGUUACAGGCGUUAGGAUUCUGCGUUUUCAAUUCAAAGAUUACAUCUGAGUUAUCUGAAACUGAAGUACAGGACUUGAUUUCAUUGGUGAACGGCAUUGCUGUAAAAACUUCAGACAAAAACACUCGCACUCGGGCACUUUGGGUGAUCUCUAAGCAGACGUUUCCUUCUGAAAUUGUUAAAAAGGAGGUGUCCAAUAUUAUUUCUACUUUGGAAACGAUACUUACUAAAGGAGAUGUACAGUCCAUGGUGGUUGAAUACGAAGCACUAAAUGUUAUUAUACGCUUAAUGGAGCAAACCCCAACCCAGAUGGGAGAAGAGGCUGUGCGGUGGGCAAAGCUGAUCAUUCCUCUGGUCGUGCAUUCGGCUCACAAGGUGCAGUUACGAGGCGCCACAGCUCUGGAGAUGGGGAUGCCGCUGCUCCUCCAGAAACAGGCAGAGGUUGCAGCCAUCACUGAGCACCUCAUGACCACAAAAUUAAUUUCAGAACUCCAGAAACUAUUUUCUACAAAAAAUGAGACUUACGUGUUAAAGUUAUGGCCGCUGUUUGUCAAAUUACUUGGAAAGACUCUGCAUCGUAGUGGCAGUUUUAUCAACUCAUUGUUGCAACUGGAGGAACUUGGAUUUCGUAGUGGCUCACCAGUGGUAAAGAAAAUAGCCUUCAUUGCAUGGAAGAGUCUAAUAGAUAAUUUUGCUCUAAAUCCAGAUAUACUGUGCAGUGCUAAAAGGCUGAAAUUGCUGAUGCAGCCACUGAGCUCGAUCCAUGUGAGAACAGAGGCUUUGGCACUGACGAAACUGGAGGUCUGGUGGUAUUUGCUCAUGAGGCUGGGACCUCAGCUGCCUGCAAACUUCGAACAGGUUUGUGUACCAUUAAUCCAAAGUACUUUAAUUCUGGAUUCUUCUGCUGCGUUGCCAGGAACUCCCGCACGUGCACCAGCCAACCAAAGUUUAGCCUUGGCAACCCCUGCCCCCAAAUCAGGUCCUUACCCAUUUGCAAGUCCCGUCACACCGAGGAUGAACUUGAACUCUAGUACAGGAGGACUGGUGGUGAUUCCUUCCAUUCAGCUUUUGGGAAUUGAGAUGCUGCUUCACUUCUUGAUGGGACCACAAGUUUUAGAUUUUGCUAAGCAAAACAAACUUGUACUUAAUUUAGAGCCUCUCCAGUACCCACUGAUCAGUAGCCCUUCUUUUUUUUGUAAGCACGCCAGCACGCUUAUAAACGCCGUCCAGGAUGGCUUCAUUGCAAUUGGAAAAGAAGUUCCUGAUUGUAUGCUGAAUGUUAUAUGGAAGGACAUAAAUGGAUAUGUAAAAACAGCUAUUGAAUCAGGAAAUAAGAAAGAAAAGCAAGGGUCAGAAAUACUGACUAUGCUGCUCCAGGCCUUAAAAAACACUGUUGAAUCAAAUUCUCUUUCUGUGCAGAAAAUACUGUCCCUCAUUGAUAUUACUGUUAAGGAGUUGCCUCCAAAAGUAUUGGGAUCACCAGCUUAUCAGGUUGCUGAUAUGGAUCUUUUAAAUGGAACACCAGCUUUGUUCUUAAUUCAGCUGCCUUUCCGUAAUAGCCUCUUGGAACACUGUGUAACAGAUGAGAGGUUCUUUGUAAUUCUAGAAACACUCGUGGCUUAUGUUUUAUCUGGGCCUACGUCUCCACUGGCUUUCAGUGAAUCUGUGAUCUGCGUUAUUAAUCAGAGUGCAAAACAAGUGGAAAAUAAGGAGCAUCUUUGGAGAAUGUGGAGUAUUGUCGUUAAUCCACUGACUGAAUGGAUUAAUCAGACUAAUGAAGUAAAUCAGGGUGAUGCACUGGAACACAACUUCAAUGCUGUUUAUAGCGCAUUAUUGCUACCAAUAUCGCACAUCUUCCCUGUGCAGGGAUUCCCACAGCCAACUAUGAAGUCCUUGUUGCGCACUUGGUCAGACCUGUACAGGGCGUUUGCUCGCUGUGCUGCUCUGGUUGCAACAGCAGAAGAAAACCUGUGCUGUGAAGAGCUUUGUGCCAAAAUCCUGUCUGGGCUAGAAGGUGAAACUUCAGUAAUGUUUUCGAUGAUGGAUGGGCUCACCCACAUUCUAUCCGUUAUGGUUGAUUGUGUCAACUUUGCACCGUAUGGCACUAAAUAUCAGCCAAAAAAUAAAUCUCCACAGACACCUACAGAUUGGUCUAAGAAGAAAAAGGAGCCCCUUGGAAAGCUUGCCUCUCUGUUUAAACUCCUGGUGAUGUUACUAAACUCUUUCCAUGUGUUCAGUUCCAAAGAAAUCUGUUCAGAAACAUUGGUCUCUGUUGGUCCUUCAAUUAUUGCUGUUCUCCACAACAUCAUCAGCCACGUUUCAUUGCCUUCAGUGAUUGCGACUAUGUUUGCAAUUUUUUCCAAACCCCUGGCAGUGUUUUAUGAAAAAACAAAACUUGCUGAUGUACCUAAAGUAUACAGUCAUCUUAACAACAAGCUCGAAAAGCUGCUGGCCGAGAUCCUGCAGUGUGUGCAGUGUCACUGCGCGGGGGCGUACGACAGCGACCUGCUGGAGCAGCUCUGCCCGCUGCUCUGCGUGCUGUUCCAGCACCGCAGCAAACCCGUCCGCACCCAGUGCGCGCACUUCUGGAACGCCACCUUCGCCAAGGCCGCGGCGCUGACGUACCCCGAGGACUUAAAAUGUGUGUUAAACCAAGCCAAAAAGAAAAUUCCGCUCUUGCUGCCUGGUUUUGAAAGCAUCGAGGUGGCUGAAGAAUGCAGUGGCCCGUUCUCUGAUGCGAUGGAAAAUUCACAGCUGGAUGCAAAGAUAGGUGGAAUGGAUGUAAACCUGGGUCAAAAACGAGACUCCCUGUUGGCACAGACGAGUGAACUGAAAAAUGAAGGAAAAGACAAGUCCAGUAACGUGCAAGUAACACCUGCAAAGUUGAAACUAGAAUUCUCAUCUCCAAAGACUAAAAGUGAGAUACUUUUGGAAGAGGAGAAAUCUGUUGAUUUUGUGUUUAUUCCUCCAGAAACAAAAGAGAGAAUAUUGACAGAGCAUCAAAAAGAAGUGCUCAGGUCAAAGAGAACUGAUAUUCCUGCUAUGUACAACAAUUUGGACGCAUCACAAGAUACUACCUUAUUUUCUCAGUAUACUCAAAGCCAGGAGGAUUCUCUGGAAAAGUCACCUUUAAUAGAAAAUGAAAAAGAAGAUACUGAAAACAAGCCUCAGGAGGAAAAUGCAGAGAGUGAGGGAUGCACCGGUGAGUCGGGUGACCCCGUGGAGAACGAUACCUGUGUGGAAAAGGUGUCUGUUUGUGACCCCGCGGAGAGCUCAGCGUCAGCCAGCCAGGGACAGUCCAAAAGGGACGCGGGGGAAGGGAUUCCGGAGGAGCCGUCGCUCGGAGAGGAAUUAGAGAAAAGUCCUGCAGAAACGGCUUCAAAGGAGCCGUCGGGAGGGAACGAAAACACUUCAAACGUCAGCAGCAGCUCAGCCUCGAGUGACGUGAUUUCUGGAACGCCGCAGCCCGUGAGCCGGCGGCAAUCUUUUAUCACUUUGGAGAAAUUCAGUAGUUCGGAGAACAGACCCUUCAGCCCUUCACCCUUAAACAGUUUAUCAGAGGUGCCUGCAAGCGCUUCUGCGGCGGAGAAGCAGGAAGGGACAAACGUGUGCAGGACUGGUGCUACACCAGAAAAAUCUGGGGAAAAUAAAAAGCCUUUAAAAUCUGAGCCUGAACAAAUAUUUUCUGCCAUACGGAGGCUGACUCGCAGGCAGAGCAAACUGGAGCACCAAGGGAGAAAGCCGGGCAAGCCGUUCCUGAGGUCGGAACAAGAGAAAAGCUCCCAAGAGGCUUUUGUUUCCAGCACUGUGGAAAAUAGUCCUGAGCUGUCUUCUGCUGCAGAAGACGUGGAACACGUUCUCCUUCCCCAGUCCCAAGCUCCCCAUUCUGCAGAAGUAGAUACUAAAAAAGAAACAGAAGAGGUCCAGGCAUUAGAUACGGAUUCUAAAGAAAACACGCCCCCGGAGACGACUGCGUCACCAGACCAGGUAGCAGGUGACGAUAAUCAGGUGCCACACGUGUCUCCUAAUCCGAAAAUACUCAGACGUUCUUUAAGGCGACGGGCAGAAACUGUAGAAAGUACAACGGGUAGUCAGGAGAAGGAAGAUGAUCACCAAAAGAGGCGUAAAGAAGACGAAAAAUCUGGUCAAAAGAAGGUGCAGCAGGCUAAAGAUGAUGGAUCCCAAAAGCAGAAAGCAGUUUCUGGGAAAACUACAGAAAAUACGAAUGGAAAAGAAAGCGACCUAGCUGAGAGCGCUGCUGCGGAGGAGCUGGGCUCAAAGGAGUCUCCUGCUGCCAGGGGCCUUGAUGAGGAAGUGAACAAAAGUGCCAAGUCAGGAGACAAUGUGAAGACCGAUGUGGAAGGGCAAGACUGUAGCUCGAAGACGGGAGGUCAGAAGAAGGUUGAACGGCCCCGAUACCACACGCGAAGAGCUUCCCAAGGAUUGCUUGCCAGCAUAGAGAACUCAGAGGCUGAUGGCUCCGAGACCAAGGAAGAAAGCACAAGGAAGAAAAGGUCUGCAAAAGGGAAAAACAAAGGGGAUUGCCCUGAAGGGAAACAGAAAGAUGUCCAGCCAGGAAGCCACAGCCAUGAGGUGUCUUCCCAAGGAACUGAAACUAAGCAUCUGUUGGAAACAAAUCAAGGUGAGCUCAGCUGUGAAGUCGACACAGACGCUGCAGUGACAGCUGAAGCGUCUGACCUGAAACCCCAAGUAACGCCGACAGGAAGCAGCCAAAGCCUGGGACCUGCCAGCUCCGAGAGUUCACCCUGCGCACAGAACGCAAAUGUGGAAGAGAAGAACGAUACCCUGAUGGAGUCGUUCACCAGCCCCUCUGUAUCCGAUCAAGAUUUGAAAGCAGCAGAGGAAAGUAAAUGUGUUGAGAAGCAAAUAAAGCUGGAAGACUCUUGUCCAACUGUUCUGUCUGAAAAAGUACCGGUAGCAAACACUUCAGGUGGCGAUCUUUCCCCUUUGCAAACACCAGACUGCCAGCACAAAAGAAGCAAAAGGGUGAAAAAACCAAAGAACUGUGAUUGCUGUUUUAAAAAGCCAAAGCAGGACGUAGCGUCAUUGACUGAAUCAAAGCCGGAGAGCGCUCAUGAACAGAACGAGCCCCCAGCCACCUGUCAGGUUCAGGUUCAGACACCUGUCAAUACCCCCGAGGUGUCAGGUACCUCAGACCUUGAGGGUUUGUCCAUGGCACCCUGUGCCACGAGCACUCCGCUGCAUCCCCCCAAGGAACCCGGCACGUGUCAUCUGGAAAGAGACCGACUAUCUGAGGAUAAUCCGCAAGGAAACAGCGUUGUAGUGCAGCAGGAUCUCACUAAUCCAGAGUGUACAGCAGGUGAAAUGACGGACUCCGUAGUGGAAAUGGAAGAAGCCGCUGAUCAGAGCGACCCAGCGGAGCCGUCGCUGUCGGGGGCUGUUUCGGAGGAGGCUGGUGACAGCCUGGCUGCAGGGGAUCAAUGCGAAGAACCCGCAGCUACAGAGAAGCAAGAAAUAAAUCAGAAUGGACAACAGGAGGAGACACCUGAGGCACUGACUGUUGUUAGCAAACCCGAGACAAAACAGACGAGUGAGCCAGAAAGCAUUCAGGAUGAUAAAGAAGAAGAUGUAAGAGAAACUUGCAUUGUUCAAGAUAAAGAGAUGAAGGAGGAAUUGGUGGAAACUGAAAUUAUAGUGCCUGAAAACGCGGCCUUAGAUGAAGAAGAUGCAGUGGAAAAUAACAGUGUGGAUUCUCCUCAGAAGCCAGAAGAUCACAAUUCUUCAGCACUAGCUAACGAGAGCCCCAACGGCAUGCAGGCACGCUGCAUGUGGUCGCCUUCCGCUUCUCCAUCCACCAGUAUUUUAAAGAGAGGUGCAAAAAGAAACCAAGAUGAUGAUUCCCUGUCACCUGCCAAUAAGAUUCGCCGAGUCUCUUUUGCAAACCCCAUUUAUCAAGAAGGACUGGCCGAUGACAUAGACAGGAGAAGUCCUGUCAUUAGAUCCCAUUCCUCUUCCCCGUCUUCACGAAGUCUGAAAAUUUUAUCUAACGUUCAGGCGAAGCAUAUUACCACUCCAACCAAAGGAUUUCUGUCCCCAGGAUCUCGUAACCCUAAAUUUAAGAGCUCAAAGAAGUGUUUAAUCACGGAGAUGGUGAAGGAGUCGCUGCCGAGCCCCACGGAGUGCGUGUACCCGGCCCUGGCCGGCUGCAGAGCGCCCGUCGAUGUCAUCCUUCCCCAGAUCACGUCAAACAUCUGCGCCAGAGGCCUCGGGCAGCUCAUUCGAGCCAAGAACAUCAAGACAGUGGGUGAUCUGAGCGCUCUGACGGCUUCAGAAAUCAAAACUCUUCCCAUCCCCUCUCCGAAAGUUUCCAAUGUCAGAAAAGCUCUUAAAGGAUAUCACGAGCAACAGGUAAAAUCCCGAGGAUUUGAGGAAAUAGCAGUGCUUGAAGAUGCAGAAAAGCCCGUAAAUAAUGGAGAGGAGAAACCUCUUUCUGUAGAUGAAGAAAAACUUGCAACAGACCUGAGGGAACCGGCCGCUGUGAGCGCGGGUGCCCAGCCCUGCGCGGACCUGCCGGGCCAGCUGGACGCGCUGCUCGCUCGGCUCAGCUCCGCGGACCUUCACGGCUAUUCGGGGAGCCAGCUGUUCGACAUGCAGGAAAAGCUCAUCGCCAUGACAAACAGGAUCAUGAAAAACCUGCAGUCCCGCUGGAAAUCGCCGCCCCGCCAAAGUUCCGAUUAGUUGCUUAUCAUUUCUAAGUAAGGAGGAUUUUGUUACAACCUGCUUUUUUUCACUGGGUGAAUUCUUCCGUAAACUGUGCAUUUAGUGCUAUAGAAGAUUUUUUAACACCUAUCUGAGCAAAAUGUAUCAUGGUUGGUUAUUUUCUCGGGGUUUGUUAGUUUUUUUGUUGUUGUUCUGAUUUGUGGGAUGAAUUAUUCCCUAUGAGAGGUAUUUGUAUUGCUAUGCAUAUUUCUUUCAGGUAGUGAAAGAAACCGUGGUAAGGUUGUGCAAUAGCAAAGACUGUCAAACCAACCCAGAGUAGCUAAAUUAUUUUUUGAAAUCUGAAGUGUUCUUACUGUCACCUCUUACGCUGCGGUAAGAGACGGAGCUGCUGGAGCUCCCGCAGCCAGAGACUCUGCUCAGCGCUGGUUCACACUGAGGUAAGCUCCACCUAAGUCCUUAAUGGUAUUCGACAGCUGGAUGACAUCUAUUUUUGCAUGUAUUUUUGUAAGAAUCGCACCAAGCGGCCGAUAAAGCAACGCACCCUCACAGGAGAAAGACUUUGCAAAACUUCUCAGGCUUUUUUCCCGUGUUCUUCGUUUGCAGUAGUUCUCCUUGUGGGGAGAAGACUUAUUUCCGUGGGGAAAUGAAUGAAUUUGACAAGAGCUCUUUGUAUAUUAUGUACAGACUUAACAAUGGCAAAUGUUGGUUAAUAAUUUAUGAUUUUUGAGUUUAAAUUGCAUGGAAUGCAUUGCUGCUUCUCAGAGACCUUCCAAGAGAGUUCUCGAGUUUUAGUCUGGAAAUCUAAUGUGUAUAUAUUGUACUGUAGCUACUAAAACGGACAUUGAUUGACAGGAAUUGCUGCAGGUGGUUUUAGAACUUAAUUACACAUGGGCAAAUAAAACAGCAAAGAGUUCUCAAA